UCGACCCAAAGCCUUCAACAUGCAGCAGAAACGGUGAUAUUAAUGUCACACAACAAGUACUGCUAAAUAAAAGAGUGUAAUUUAUUCCAGCAGUAGAGAUCAGCAUCUUCAGGAUUCAGCAGUGUGUCCGUGAGCUCUCUGUACAUACACUAAUAUUGAAACAUGGAGAGCCCUGAUCUGGAGACAGAGAAUGAGACCCCGCCCUCAGAAAAGCAUAAACUCAAGAGAAAGAGAUCAGACUCACCAGAACCCAGCUGUGUCUCCAUGAAGAGUGACCGGUCUAUGGAUCCUCCUGCAACCUUUAAACGUGGAGACUCCUCAUCUGUACACAGUAAACUCAAGAGAAAGAGAUCAGACUCACCAGAACCCAGCUGUGUCUCCAUGAAGAGUGACUGGUCUAUGGAUCCUCCUGCAACCUUUAAACGUGGAGACUCCUCAUCUGUACACAGGAAACUCCAGAUAAAGAGAUCAGACUCUCCAGAACCCAGCUGUGUCUCCGUGAAGAGUGAUGCGUCUAUGGAGCAUCCUAGAAACUUUAAACGUGGAGACGCCUCAUCUGUACACAGACACGACUUGGAAUCUGCUGCUGAUAAUGAAUUCCAGAAAAAGUUAAAAUUAAAUCUGAUAAAGAAGUUUGAGUGUGUAAAUGGAGUGAUAAUAAAUCAGGAAAACCGAGCUCUCCUGAAUGAGAUCUACACUGAGCUCUACAUCACAGAGGGAGACAGUGGAGACGUCAAUAAAGAACAUGAGGUGAGACAGAUUGAGGCAGCAUUUAGGAGAAGAACAACAGAGGAAAGGCCAAUCAAAUGCAAUGACAUCUUUAAGUCCUUAUCUGAUCAAGACAAACCCAUCAGAACUGUGCUGACAAAGGGAGUCGCUGGCAUCGGAAAAACAGUCUCUGUGCAGAAGUUCAUUUUGGACUGGGCUGAAGGGAAAACAAAUCAGGACAUCCCCCUCAUAUUUCCACUUCCUUUCAGAGAGCUGAAUCUGAUAAAGGACCAGAAACUGAGUAUGAUGGAGCUCCUUCAUGUCGUUUUUAAGGAAACAAAAGAAACAGAAAUGUCCAGUUUGGAAAAAGUUCUGUUAAUUUUUGAUGGAUUGGAUGAGUGUCGUUUCUCUCUGGAUUUCCAGAACACAGUGAGUGUGUGUGAUGUAACUGAAUCAGUAUCAGUGCCUGUGCUGCUGAUAAACCUGAUCAAAGGGAAUCUGCUUCCCUCUGCUCUCAUCUGGAUCACCUCCCGACCAGCAGCAGCUGAUCAAAUCCCCUCUGAGUGUGUCGAUCGAUUCACAGAGGUACGAGGGUUCAGUGACCCACAGAAGGAGGAGUACUUCAGAAAGAGGAUCAGUGAUCAGAGCCUGGCCAAUAACAUCAUCGCACACCUGAAGUCACUAAAAAGCUUCUACAUCAUGUGCCACAUCCCAGUCUUCUGCUGGAUUUCAGCUGCUGUUCUAGAGAGAAUGUUGGGUGAAGCAGAGAGUGGAGAGAUCCCCAAGACUCUGACUCAAAUGUACACACACUUCCUCAUCAUUCAGAUAAACAUCAUAAGAGAAAAGUACUCAGAGAAGCAGGAGAGUGAUGGAGAAAUGUUUCUCAAAUUGGGACGACUGGCUUUUCAGCAGCUAGAGAAACACAACCUGAUCUUCUAUGAAAAAGACCUAAGAGAGUGUGACAUUGAUGUGAGAGAAGCAGCAGUGUACUCAGGUGUGUGUACGCAGAUCUUCAGAGAGGAGUUUGGGCUUCACCAGAGUAAAGUGUACUGCUUUGUUCAUCUGAGUAUUCAAGAACAUCUCGCAGCUCUGUAUGUGCACCUGAUGUUCAUGAGGGAAAAGAAAAAUGUUCUUAAACAGAAUCGGUCCUUUAUUACAAUAUCAGAUGUACACAGGAGUGCUGUAGAUGAGUCCUUAAACAGUCAGAAAGGACAUCUGGAUCUUUUCCUCCGCUUUCUUCUGGGUCUCUCACUGGAGUCCAAUCAGAAACUUUUACAUGUCUUAGUAACACAGACAGGAAGUAGCUCACAGAGCAAAGAGGAAACAGUUCAGUACAUUAAGAUGAAAAUCAGUGGAGAUCUUCCUACAGAGAAAUCCAUUAAUCUGUUCCACUGUCUGAAUGAACUGGGUGAUGAUUCUCUAGUGGAGGAAAUCCAACACUACCUGAAAUCUGGAAAACAAAGUGAACUCUCUCCUUCACAGUGGUCUGCUCUGGUGUUUGUGUUACUGACAUCAGCAGAGGAGCUGGAGGAAUUUGACCUGAAUAAAUAUAUCAGUCCAGAGAAGAUAACAGAAGAUGUUCUUGUGAAGUUGAUGCCUAUGAUUGCAGCAUCGAGAAAAGCAAUUAUCAGGUGUGAUAGAAUUAAAGAGAGAAGUGGUGAUGCUCUGGUCUCAGUGCUCAACUCAGAAACCUCCAGUCUGAGAGAACUGCAUCUGACUGUGAAGACACUCGACCUGUCUUGGAAUAAACUAACAGACUCGGGAAUGAAGCGUCUCUCUGCUCUACUGGAGAAUCCACAAUGUAUAGUAGAGACACUGAGGUUGUAUAAGUGUGAUGUCUCAGGUGAAGGCUGUGCUGCUCUGACUUUAGCUCUGAGAUCAAACCCCUCACACCUGAGAGAACUGGAUCUGUCUCUAAAUAAUGUAAAAGAUUCGGGAGUGAAGAGUCUCUCUGCUGUACUGGAGAAUCCUGACUGUAAACUGGAGGAACUGAAGUUGUGGCAGUGUGGUGUCUCAGAUGAAGGCUGUGCUGCUCUGAGUUCAGCUUUGAGAUUAAACCCCUCACACCUGAGACACCUGGAUUUGUCCUAUAAUAAUCUAGGAGACUCAGGAGUAAAGUGUGUCUCUGCUGUACUGGAGAAUCCUGGCUGUAAACUAAAGACACUGAGGUUGUGUGGUUGUGGUGUCUCAGAUGAAGGCUGUGCUGCUCUUACUUCAGCUCUGAGAUCAAACCCCUCACACCUGCGAGUACUGAAUCUGUCUGAAAAUAAUCUAGGAGACUCUGGAGUGAAGUGUCUCUCUGCCCUUAAGGAUGAUAAACAUUAUAAACUAAAGACACUGAAAGUUUAGUGAACAUCUGUGUGUGAGAUGAAGACUCCAGUAUUCCUGCAUUUCUAUGUUGGGAAACACAGUCAUUUAUUUAUAACUAAUUAAACAGAGUCAGAGACGUGGUGAGUAUUCAUCAGGCACAGUGAAUCAGACUGCACACAAUUCUACUCUGAAUAUAUAACAACCUCUGAUCUCUGGAUAAUACACCGCGAGCCUAGACAAACACCUUGAGGUUUAGUGUCUUCUAAUGUCUUAUUCCAGCAUGAGAAUGGACCAGAAUCUCAAAGAAAUCUUUCCUACAUCUUGUAGAAUCUGUUGAUCAUACCCGCUAUAGGAUCAGUGCCACCUUUUUUACUUUAAUAUACACUACAUGCAUUAUUUUGAGUAACUGCUUCAGUCAAAUAUAUUUUAAAGAAAUAUAGAAAUGCGCUCUGAUCAUCACUGAACUUCCAGUGAACUUUUAUUGAUCUGUCCUGAUAUGAUAAGAGCUUAUUUGGGUGUGAAAUAAUUUUCUGGUACUUUAAGGUAUAAUGCUUAAAAGAGUGAGAAAAAAGCAAGCACAUACAAAGACCUGGGGAAAUGCAAUAGUUUUCGUAAAACAAACUUUUAUUCAAAGUCAAGUCACUUCAUUCAGUUUAAUAUGCAGUACAAUGUGUGUGUGUGUGUGUGUGUGUGUGUGUGUGUUCCUCCAUAAUGCCCAUUGUCAAAUUGUGAACCAGUGCCAAGUGUAGCUGCUCCAGUUUCAUUUACCUAAUCAUCAGCCUGAAAAAACACACACGCAGUGAUUCACAGCACAGAGUGAUUCACUUGGGCUCAGAAGGUGUUGAUGUAUUUUCUUGGGGCAUGUUGUUUUAGUCAAGACCUUUAUAAUUACUCUACCUUCAUCACACAGCCAAGUCUGCUUAUAAUCUGUAAACUACUAACAGCAGUAAUAACAGACACAACGCCCCAUUUACAGUCCUUUAUUGUACAGCCUUACAUAAAAGAAAAUGUAAAAGUGGCUAGUCUAGUAAAUAUUCCCACUGAGUCUUUUAGUAUGACACUACAGGUAGCUAGGCCUAAAUGUUAAAUUAUGUGUCCUUAUCUGAUCCUCUUUUGUAUAUAAGUUGAAAUAUAUAUUUUAUUUAACAUAAUAGUAAUAUGCUAUAUACUUUAUGGUGUGUGGUAGGAAUUAACUGGUGUGGGGGCAUGUAUUAUAAACACUACGGUAUUCCUGCAUUUUUGUGUGUAUGUGGGGUUCAGGAAGUUGUCUGAACUCUGGAUUAAGAUCAAGUAUGUUUAUGCUAUGUUCAGUGAUUUGUUAAUGACAGAAAUAAAAACA